ACAUUCAACUCGGAGCAGUCGGCGUGCGGAGGUAUGGAGGGGCAUGGUGUGCUGCAGGAGCUAUAUGCGGUGUCUGGGGACAUGGACGCCGAGGUCAAGCUGCUUGACCGCGUCACAACCUGGCUGUUCUCAGAGUCGGCAGCAGCAGAGAGCAAUCAGGGGAGCGUGGCGAGGAUGGACGGUGACGACUGGCUUGCGCUGCUGCGGUAUGCCUUUGAGCGAAGAUACGGAUGGUCCGAGUGGCACUCGCCACCGCAAGCUGAUGAGGCUGGCCAAGGAGCUGAGCGCGCCGCCGGCUCUGGCUCUGGCUCUGACUCUGGCUCUAGCUUGGGUGACGGACCGGCUACGCCGUGCAAACAGAAGGGUGUGAGCCAAGUCGAUCUGAGCACUGAGCCGUCACCGCCGCGGCUGCCGCCGAUGGGAUCGUCGGCCUCGCUGCUCGCCGAGUCGUCGCGGGGGAUGAGCCAUGUCAACAGCGCCAUCAACGAGUUGCUGCUCAAGCUCAAGGCGCACCAGGAGUGGCCGGAGGCCGUACACCAUGCGCUGGCACAGGUGCGGCUGCUCACGACCAAGCAUGCAGUUCGCAAGUCGGCGCUGAUGUUUGAAAUUGACCACGGGCUGGCGCACGGGACCGAGGUGCGGGACCUUGUUGUGGCCGGCCUCUUUGACGUGUGGUCGGCGAUUCGCAAGGCUGCGGCAAGCCGCGUUCCACAGCUGAUGGCGGCGAGACCGGAGGCGACCGAAGCGCUGGUGGAUGAACUUGUGGCGGCGGUGACCGAGUGCAGCGAGGUGCCAUGGCAGACACGACACGGCGCAGUGCUGGGACUGACGGCUGUGGCGUGUCGCGGGUACGAGCUGGUGCCGCCACUGGCGUCGCGCGCACAGGUUGUUGUCGACGGCCUGCUGCGGCUGAUGGCGUCGGCGCAAGCCGCGGUGCGAACCGCAGCAGUGGGCGCGCUUGCUGCGGUGGCGGCGCGGUCACCAGUGUCAGUCACUGUCGAGCUGCUGCAGGGCAGCAUGGCAACAAGUGGCGAGACGCUUGCGGCGGCAGUACUUGCGGCGGCGAACGCACCGCUGGACGUGGUGCUGGCGCAGUGGGAGGCGCGUGUGGAGGCGGGGGUUGCGCUGCUGGGCUCGGCGGCGUCGACGGUGCGACAAGACGCGGCACGGCUGGCGGCACUGGUGGCGCAGCGGUGUCGCGCGGUUGGUGCGAUGGAGUCGCUUGAGCGCGUGGUGUCGGCCGUGGUGGCUGGCGCCGAGGCCCGCAAAGCCGGCGAGUGGCAGGUCUGCGAAGGUGCGCUGUUUGCGCUCGAGCACGUGCUGGAGAAUGUGCUGGCACAAGACGCACGCGGGCGUGGUGAGGCCGGUCCUGAACCGUCCGCCACCGCGGAUCCGCUAAUCAUGGAACUCGCAGGUCCGGCAGGCGCAGGUGUGGCCAUCUACGCUCAGGGCGUGGAGCUGUGGUGCGCGCCCGGGGUGAGCGCACCAAGCCGGCUCUCACCAGAGCUGCUGGCCCGGGUGCUGGCUCUGGUUGUGGCGGCGCAAGGCGCAGAGGUGUGGGAGCUGACCAGGAUGAGCGCGCGGGUGCUUCCACUGGCUGCGCGAGUCCUGCUGGCGCACGCACCGCACGAGCUGGAAGCGAGCUGGCAGGCGCAUCUGCCGGGGCUGGAGGCGCCGGACGCAGCGCCAACCGACGAUGCACUCGUUGCGCUGCACACGCUUGCUAUUGCGCUGGAUGACCGCGACUAUGUUUUGAGAGCAGAGCAUGUUCUUAGCUCGGCUGUGGCGCCGGCACUGGCCAUGGUGCUCUCGGCGCCGUUCCGGCUCUCGUCGGUGCCCGCGGUCGAAGUUGUGGUCCGCGCCGCAGUGGCGCAGAGCGGCGGACUGGACGAUGCUGAUCUCGCCGAGGUUGCCGGCAAGCUCCGCAAGCUGACGUGCAUUGCGCACAAGAUCCUCAAGCGCAAGAUGGCCAAGAUGGCGGCGCUGGCCGGCGCGGCAACAAAGGUGGUGAUGGAGAAGAGGAGCGCGUCGAAUGCCAAGGCGGCAGCGCUGCAGGACGAGGUUCUCAAGGCCAUUGCGCCACUCGCCGAGGACCUGGCGGCGGUGCUUGGACCACUUGCUGCUGCAAAGUGGAUCCACUACUUUGCGUCGCUGGCGUAUGUGGUGGGCGCCGAGGCGGUGCGUGAGCCGCUCCUCCUUGCUGUCGCCGCGGUGGUUCGGCGGACGGCCAAGCGCGAGCUCGAACUGGCGCCUGAAGCGCUUGCGGCCGCAGUCUGCUGGAUGGCGCCGCUGCUCCGUGAUCCGGUGCUCGACGACGAUGGGCUGAGUCUUGCAGUCGACAUUGUUCGCAGCGGCGUAUCCCACCUUGUGGCCUGCGGCUACAACGAGGUCGCCCACGUCGUCGACGUCGUCCACAUCGCUCUCGCGGCGCGGAUCGACAGUGUGGAGGCGCUGGGCGUCUCGGUCGAGAACGAGCUCUUGGCGCUGCUCGCUGUCGAUGAGAGCGAGAGCUUUGCAGCAGGCAGCGGCGUUCCCGCAACCGAGGCCGUCGACACCGAGCUUGACUCGGUCACUGAGCUGCUGGAAUGGCUGACACGCCGGAGUGAAUGAAACCCAUUUGAAAGGGGACAAUUUGGAGGUCGAACCAAUAAAAUGCUCAGCCAAGCG